AUGACACAACCGCAGAAGACCAUUGCCGUGGUCAACGGGACAGGCCGACAAGCGGCGUCGCUGAUCCGCGUCGCGUCGGCCGUGGGGUACUCGGUGCGCGCGCAAAUUCACACCCUGAAAGGCGUGAUCGCCCCAGAGCUCCAACAACUGCCCAAUGUGACACUCCUGCAAGGCCCGCUCCUCGGCAACAUUGCGCUGAUGGACGAGCUCUUCAAAGGCGCCCAGCUCGCUUUCAUCAACACAACCUCCCAGUCUGGCGACGAGGUAGCCAUCGGCCGCGACUUGGCCGAUGCCGCUAAACGCUCCGGCACAAUCCAGCACUACAUCUACAGCAGUAUGCCGGAUCAUUCUGUCCACGGACCGUGGCCCGCCGUCCCGCAGUGGGCGCCUAAGUUCACCGUCGAGAACUACGUCCGCCAACUCGGCAUGCCCGCUACCUUCGUCUACGCCGGUAUCUACAAUAACAACUUCACCAGCUUGCCCUACCCGCUCUUCCAGAUGGAGCUUCUGGCCGAUGGAAGCUUCGAGUGGCGUGCGCCGUUCGAUCCGGAGAUCCCACUGCCAUGGCUUGAUGCCGAGCACGACGUGGGACCGACGCUGUUGCAGAUCUUCAAGGACGGCACGAAGAAGUGGAAUGGUCAUCGUAUUGCUCUCACUUUUGAAACACUCUCCCCAUUACAAGUGUGCGCUGCUUUCUCGCGAGCUCUGGAUCGACCAUGCCAGUAUGUCCGCGUGCCUCAGAUUGAAAUCAAGGUCAAUAUCCCACCAGGAUAUCGAGAACAGCUUGAAGCGCUGGAAGAGCUCUUUGGACGAUGCGACGCACCUUACUUCCCGCAGCCGGAAUUCUCACAGCCCGCUGCAGGUUCACCGAAGGGUCUCGGUCCGGCGGGUGGAAAGGGUGCUGGUGCUGGUAUGAUGCAAGGACCCGGUGGUGUUAUCUCGUUACGGGUAACCGACGAGUCCCGACAUCUGUGGCAAGGCUGGCGAGAUAUGGAAGAGUAUGCGCGUGAGGUGUUCCCCGUGGAAGAAGAGGCCAAUGGGCUUGACUGGAUGGUUUGA